CCGGAGAUGGCCGCGCAGCAGGCGGCGGCCAAGGUGAGGAAAGGGGACAAGGACUAGGUGGAUUAUCGACAUGGACGGACAAGAUGACCAUCGGGGAGGCGCUAGAGGCGGCAGCAAGGGCAGCGGGGGACAAACCGGUCGAGAUGAGCGACGCCGCGGCGAUCGAGUCGGCCGCGACUGGGCUCAACACUGUCUUGCGAGGCGGCAUGGCAGCCGCCGCGCAGAGUGCUGCCAUUCUCAACGCCCGUGUGUCUCGUGACGAAGACAAGACGAAGCUGCGCGACGUCCUGCAGGUAGCAUCGAUCGAUCACCCUACCACAUAUGCGUGUUGUUCCUUGGUGUUGCAGGGACGACUGGCCGAUGCUCGAGGCUCAACUUCAUCCAUGAGGCUGCCGCAUGAGAGAGAGGCGACGAGGGGGGACGCCGAGCGGGUGGUGAGGGCGGAGAUGCGGAACAACCCCGAGUUGCGCCGGUGCCCCGGCGGUGUAGCGGAUUCCAUCGCCGCCGUAGCGCGGUCCAAUCAAGAGCCUUGAUGCUUUGCGCUCCGUAGCUACUGCCUGCCUCCCUGCGAUCUCAUUCGUUGCCCAGCGAAAUAAGAUCAUCGUUCUCCACCGAAUGGUUUCUCUUAUUAGCUGCUGCGACCAUUGAAAUCGAUCAACCAAUCGUAAAUCUUGGAAAUUUCUUUUCCUUCUUGCCGAUAAUAGGACUCAUUUAUCCGUCGCUGAAUGCCCAUUAUUUGUCCGCUGCAAUAAAACUUUGGGGUUACUGAAUCAAAUAUGGAGUUCAUUGGGCAAGCACGGGCCUGAAGUCUCAUGAGCUGCGUUAGGGCCUCUUCUCAUCCAGAUCACCCACUUG